GUUCAAAACAGCUUUAAUUCAAAAACUUUCACACAAAAAACCCACACUUCUCUUCUUCUUUUUUGUGCCCCUCUAGCUUCUCAAUAUGUGAUGCUUUCAACUCUUCUGUUCUUGCAAAAUACUGUGUUAUAUCAAGGUGAGUGUGAUUCUCUUUUAGCUUAAAAAGUUCCUUACAAGUGUUCAUCAAGCUAUUCAAAUGCCAAGAUCAAGGGGAUCUGAUUUGCCUCAGAGGCAGUCGCCGAGAGGUGGUACUCAUCAGCUUCGAACAUCAAGUUCUGACUCGGAUCCAUCGCAUCAUCGAAGUCCAAAGCUAGGAGAGCGGCGUUCUCCGAGAGGUAGUACUCAAUCGGAGACGGUAAAUCAGAAGAAGCUCGGUACUCGCAUUGCGGAUUUGGAAUCGCAGCUUGGUCAAGCACAACAAGAGUUGUUAAAUUUGAAGGAUCAGCUGUGUUCUGCAGAAGCUGAAAAGAAAAAAGCUGAAGAUGAGCUUGUGAAGAAAAGUGUUUCAAAGAAAGUUCAAGAGUGUAAUAAUAAAGAACAAGAUGUUGUUAAUGUUAUACUUGAUGAAAAUCAAGAAGAGACUGAUGUGUUUGAAGUUCCGAUCGAAAAGUUGGAAAUCGAAUAUAGAAAGCCUGAAGAUCAGUUAGAAAAGGAAACAAUAUCGCCUUUUGUGAAUGAACUGACGCUGAAAAACGAAGAGAUAGCGUUGUUGAAAUUGAGUUUGUUAGAGAAAACGAAUGAGUUGGAAUCAAUGAGUAAGGGAAAUGAUGAUCUAAAGACUCAACUGAAUGAAGCAUUUUCGAAAGUGAAAGCUUACGAAACCAAGGAAGAAGGAAUGGUACUGCAGGUGAAGCAAUUGAGUGAAGAGUUGGAAGCGAGUAAAGGGAAUGCGGAGAAACUGAGCAUGAAGUUGAAAUCCGUGGACGGAGAAAAGGAGUUGUUAGAAUCAGAAAUGAAGAAGCUAAGAGUGCAGACAGAACAAUGGAGAAAAGCAGCGGAUGCUGCGGCUGCAGUGCUUGCAGGAGGUUUUGAUAUGAGUGCUGCUGCAAGGGCUCCGGAAAGGUGUGGUUCGAUGGAUAAGAACUUCGUCGGUGGAACAUUCGAGACGCCUGGUGGUGUUGGAAGGUAUCAUGGAUAUGUAGGUUCGCUAGGUAUGAAUGAUGAUUCGGAUGACGGUUUUGGAGGUGGAAAAAAGAAGGGUUCUGGUAUUAGAAUGUUUGGUGACUUGUGGAAGAAGAAAGGCCAAAAGUGAGAUUUCGAUAACUCUUUGAUUCACGGCAGAAUCACUGCGUGUCACCGUGAUUCUGACAAAAAAAUAUACGAGGAAAUCACGGUGUCGUCGCUGUGAUUCUGUCUAGUAUUUUAACUAUGAUCAUGGUUUGUAAUGGUUUUUAGUUACCUUCUCAAACUGAGAUGAAGGGUUUUUCAGCAAAUUUUAUAGCUUCAUUCCUUUGAA